CACGUGCGGGAGGAGCGGCGGCGUCACGUGGAGGGGGCGCGGGGAGGCUUCGGCGGGCGCCAUGUUGUGCGGCCCCGGGCCGGGCCGGGGAUGGCGGGGGCCGGCAGCAACUGGCUCUCGGGGGUCAACGUGGUGCUCGUCAUGGCCUACGGCAGCCUGGUCUUCGUGCUGCUGUUCAUCUUCGUGAAACGCCAGAUCAUGCGCUUCGCCAUGAAGUCCCGCCGCGGCCCUCACGUGCCUGUGGGACAGCACGCGCCCAAGGAUUUAAAGGAAGAAAUCGACAUUCGGCUGUCACGGGUGCAAGACAUCAAGUACGAGCCCCGGCUGUUAGCUGAGGACGACAGCAGACUUCUGCAGCUGGAGACACAAGGCUGCUAUAACUACCUGUACAGGAUGAAGGCGCUGGAUGCAAUUAGGACAUCUGAAAUACCAUUUCACGCGGACGGCAGAUACCCAAAGUCUUUAAUAGGGAAGAACUUCUGUGCCUACCUGCUGGAGCUGAGGAAUUCCAGCGCCUCCUUCAAAGGCAUCCGCAAAGCCUUGAUCGACACCUUGCUGGACGGGUACGAGAGCGCCCGCUACGGCACUGGGGUCUUUGGGAAACCAGAAUAUCUGAAGUACCAGGAUGCUCUGAACGAGCUGGCAAACAUGACCAAGGCCCGGGGAGGCAGCAGCCAGCGGCAGCACCAGUCAGCAGCCAAGGACCUCACUCUCUCCCCCGAAGUCUCCAACCCUGCCACCAUCCAGGUCACCUACCUGCCUUCCAGCCAGAAGAGCAAACGUGCCAAACACUUCCUGGAGCUGAAGAGCUUCAAGGACAACUACAACACGCUGGAGAGCACCCUGUGAGCGGGGCGGGGAGCGCUGCUCCGGGGACCUGCCGAGAGCAGAGCCCCUUGCUGGGUGCAGCUUAGUGUCCUGGGCGAGUUUUAGCCGCGGGUCAGCGCGCAGGCGGCGCUGGGAGGAAGCGGCCACGCUCUUGGGCCUCCCUCUUGCACGACGUCGGAUAUAAGAGCUCAGCGGAGGCUCCGUUUCAGCUGGUGGAGCUCACCCCGCGCCGGGAGCCCGUUUCAAAGCACUGUGCCCGCCCGCCAAACCCGGCGGGGAUCGGCCCCUGCGGCCCCCCUGCGUCAGGCUUGGGCGCGCUGCGGGCGUUGUUCUGGCUUGGAGGCCAGCAGCGCCUCGGAGCCCCGGCCCUGUGAAUAAACUCUGGUUAGCUUUA